AUUUCCAAAAGGCAUAAAGUUAAAGAUGACACAUUUCUUUAAUAUUUUAAGCAAUUUUACUUUUUUGUAUACAUCUUUUACCUCUUUCAAAAUAACAAAAAAGGAAAAGUGCCAGAAGAUAAAGUUUGGGCACCCUGCAUGGUCAGUACUUAGUAACACCCCCUGGAAAGUAUCACAGCUUGUAAAAGCUAUUUGUAGCCAGUUAAAUCUCAUUCAAUUAUUUUUGCAGGAUUUUCACACAUUCUUCCUUGCAAAUGGCUUCUAGUUCUGUGAGAUUCUUGGGCCGACUUACAUGCUCUGCUCUUUUGAUGUCUAUCCACAUAUUUUCAAUGAUGUUUAGGUCGGGGGACUGUGAGGGCCAUGGCAAAACCUUCAAAUUGCACCUCUUGAGGUAGUCCAUUGUGGAUUUUGAGUUGUGUUUAGGAUCAAUAUCCUGUUGAAGCAAUCCUCUUCAUCUUCAUCUUUACAGAUGAUGUGAUGUUUGCUUCCAUAAUUUGCUGGUAUUUUAUUUAAUCCAUUCUUCCCUCUAACAGUGAAAUGUUCCCCUGUGCCACUGGCAUCAACACAAGCCCAAAGCAUGAUCGAUCCACCCCCAUGCUUAACAGUUGGAGAGGUGUUCUCUCAUGAAAUUCUUCUCCCUUUUUUCUCCAAACAUACCUUUGCUCAUUGUGGCCAAAUAGUUAUAUUUAUCUUCAUCAGUCUGCAGGACAUGUUUCUAAAUGCAUCAGGCUUGUUUAGAUGUUCAUUUGCAAACUUUUGACUUUGAAAUGUCUUGUGAGGAUGCAGGAAAGAUUUUCUUCUCAUGACUCUUCCAUGAAGGUCAUAUUUGGGCAGGUGUCAUUGCAUUAGUGCAUCACUAUUCCAGUCUGCUAAAUCUUCCUUAAGGUCUAUUGCAGUCAAACAGGGGUUUUGAUUUGCCUUUCUAGCAAUUCUACAAGAAGUUCUCUCUGAAAGUUUUCUUGGUCUUCCAGACCUCAACUUGAACUUCACCAUUCCUGUUAACUGCCAUUUCUUAAUUACAUUACAAACUGAGGAAAGGCUACCUGAAAACACUUUGCUAUCUUAUAGCCUUCUCCUGCUUUGUGGGCAUCAAUUAUUUUAAUUUUCAGAGUGCUAGGCAGCUGCUUAGAGGAGCCCAUGGCUGCUGAUUGUUGGGACCAGGUUUGAGGAUUCAGAGUAUAUGUAAUGCUUUGAAAUUCGCAUCACCUGGCCUUUCCAAACAAUGAUUGUGAACAAGCCAUAGCCCUAACAAGCUAAUUAAGGUCUGAUACCUUGGUAAAAGUAAUCUGAGAGCUCAAAUCUUUUGGGGUGUCCAAACUUUUGCAUGGUGCUCCUUUCCUUUUUUUCACUCAAAAUGUACAAAAUAAAAAAUAAUACACUAAUAUUGCUUAAAAUGUUGAAAAGAAUGUUUCAUCUUUAACUUUAUUCCUUGAGGAGAUCAGUUCAUCUUCUUCUCACAUAACUGUUCACAGCAGCAUACAUUUUGACCAGGGGUGCCCAAACAUUUGCAUUCCACUGUAUAUUGCUAUCAUUGGCCCUUCUCAAUCAUGUCCUCCUAAUAAUCCCCAUCCAUUAAUUGGCUCUAAAACUCUAUUCUCUCCUCUCCACCAAUAGCUGGUGUGUGGUUAGCACACAAUGGCUGUCGUCGUAACAUCCAGGUGGAUGCUGCACACUGGUGGUGGUUGAGGAGAUUCCCGCUAUACUGUAUAUGUAAAGUGCUUUGAGUGCUUAGAAAAACGCUAUUUAAAUGUAAGGAAUUGGUAGGUGGCCAAAUGUAAAAGUUGAAUUGGUUAUUGAAAAUACUUCACCCAGUACACAAAUAGUUUCCAGUCUUAUGGGGGGUUGGGUGGUUACAGGGGAGGACGUACGUUUCGCAGUGUUUUGACAGGGUCUAAGCGUGCACUUAGUGGUAUUUUGACGGGGUAUAUUCUAUAUAACCUAAUGUUGCCGAAUCCACAGUGUGAUCAGUCUGGUGACAAAGGGGUCUGUGGUUUCAAGAUGUGUUAAUAUGAUCCAAUUUAUCCAUACUGUCAAACACUCAAACGUAUGUACUUUUGCAGCACCAGUUGACGCACAUUUAGUGCACAGUAUAAGUAUGUGAAUUGGGAUGAAGGCAUUGCAUUUUUGCUCUGAUUAUCUAUUGAGGUAAGACUCAUACUUUGAGAAAUGAAGCACUUCAUGGAAAUUCAUGGCAUAUGCAAUUCUUCAGUCAUUGCACACUAUGUUGUGGGUGUUAUCUGUAUUUGCUGGCCUGAGCAAGAUAAGCAUGUGUCAGAGCCAGGCAUAUAAUGCUAGCCACCUGAUAAUACAAAGGGUAAUUCUACAUAUCAGAUCUUUUGCACGAAUGAUUAGCUGAACUCAGCAGUACUGAUGCUUUAGUUAUUUCAUGUGUUCUGUGAUGAUUUUUUCACAGUGUUUCCGUACUAUCAAUCCUCUUUUUGAAACAGACACAUCAUUUAAUAAUCCUGAAAUUAUUUAAUGCGCUUUAUAAUUAUGACGAUCUAGUUAUUUAUUACUCUUGGUGAGAUCAUUUAUUUGUUGAUUACAGACAUUAUUUGGUAGAUAAAACUUGAAUGGAAGGUUUAAAAAUUAAACUUCAUGGUCACUUGACAAACACAGGAUUUGAGUGUUUUUGUGAUUUUUUAGCCUUAACUUUUUACAGUUCAGCCAUUGCAGCAGCUACGGUACAUGUCAAUUUUGGUGAUUCUAGUUUAACAUUUCUGGAAACGUCCAUGUCAGUUAAGAAGCGAACCAUAUAUACCAUAAUAAGUUUAAAGGUUUUUAAUCAAACUAUUAAAAGUCAGAUUAAAAGCCAUGAUAAUGUCAAAAUAUGGAUAAAGAGAAAAAAAUGGUUGAGAGUGUGCCCAUUAACAAAUAUGCUUUCCUGAUGAAAGCCACCAUUAAUCUGUACAGCAGAUUUUGUCACCUUAUACCACUAUUUUUUUGCAACAUCUGAAAUUUUAAAAAGGAAAUUAAAAAGUAGUGCAUCAUCUAAGACAAUGCCAAAUUAGUUAUGUAAGAAGCCACCAAUAAAAGAUGUUAACUGUUUAUCUUUUAUUUAUUAAUCUCACUGCACAAAAAUGUCUGAAAUGGAACAGUAUAAAGUCAUGUCAAGGUUAAUUUUGAGGCUGGAAAUGUUACAGAUUUUUAAUUAGGUCUAUAAAUUAGAUAUAAAAAAUGGAACUAAGAUUAGAGUAACUAAAAUGCUUUGUCAAACCAACAAAAAAUUUAUUUGAAUUAAGAUUCAGAGUCUCCCUUUUAUAUAAUCCUAUAUAAAAACUAAUUUCUUCAACAGGUAUAUUACAUUGUACAUAAUGUUGUAUAUAUUGUUUAAAAAGAUCACCUUCAUUUAAUGUGUGGCUUGCUCAAGAGAUAUUUUGUGUAUAUGAAACCUUAUGAUGCCAGCCUAACUAAUCAGAUCAGAGAUUUUAGAUAACAUCGAGGUUAAGAACUCCUACAUAAACAGGAACCGCUCUGUAUAUAAAGCUGGCUUGAGUUGUCUGUGCUGCUCUGUCUCAGACUUCACUUUUCUAGUAAUGUAAUGUUUCUCUAAAGUGUCUGAAUAAAUGUGGUGUUCAAGUCAGGCUUAGAAGCUGCAUGCAUUGCAUUAAACGCAUAUGAGUUCUGACUGAGCAUGUGAGUUUAAAGUCAAGUGUGUGUACGCACAGUGACAUAUAACUAUGAACCUCACCGGAACUUUCUGCAUUCUUCUGGCUUUUCAACUGCAACCUAAAGCCAGUUCACAGGCUCUGCCAGAUGGGUACACCUGUGUGACAGAUUACUGGCUCACCAUCAACUGCUCUUUAAAAAUACCAGUGACACGCACCAGAGCUACAAACACAUCAUAUUGGCUGAAAUUUGAUCACAACAAUGAGAAUAUCACGUUUGAAUGCGCAUUUCAGAGAGCUUAUGAGGAUUACAGCUGUACCUAUUCUUUUGAAGAAAAUUAUUUUGUGUUCAUGAAUAUUGACCAAUUUACAAUAACACUUUUUUAUUUGGAAAAUGGACAAAAGAAUUCCUCUCUGUUGGAAUCUUCUUAUUAUCCAGCUAAAAAUAUUAAACCAAAACCCCCAGGAAAUUUUACGUUACAAUAUGCUAAUGGAACCUAUCACUUUAAAUGGGACAGUGGAUAUGAACAUCACAUCUACGCAAAGGCUUUACCCAUUAUGUACGAGUUUCUGUACUACAAAGAGGGAGAUCGUGGCAAGGAGAUUCACCUCAAAUUAGGAAUGCUUCAGAUUGAUGAACCAAAUAUAGAUCGGGGUGCUCAAUACACUGCUAUGGUGAGAACUGGGAUAGAUCAAAUAAACGAUUACAAUGGAAUGUGGAGUGACUGGAGCAUUGCAAUAAAAUGGAAAACGAUACAAAAAGACCAAUCCAAUCAAGUUGGCAGGAUUGCCAUCGGAAUGUGUUUGAUGCUUGGAUUUCUAAUUCUGCUCUUGUCAGUACCUGUUGCAAGAAUGAAAAUAAAAGAAAUUGCAUGGGUGCCAACACCGGCGACAUAUUUUCAGCCCCUAUACCAACAAUACCAAGGCAAUUUUCAGUGUUGGGUUUUGGCAAAGAGUCCUAUAGAAGACAUUUGUGUUAUGGAAGAAUUUUCAACAAUUGACAAGAUUGCCGAGGCCAAAACUACACUACAGGAUUGUGGAGAGAAAACAGACGUGCACCCCUCAGCUCAAUACUACACACCAUAUGUGGGCCCCACCGCUCCGAUCUGGGCCCCUUUCCAAAUGGCCGAUGUUUGCAGUGACACAAGUAUCCCAUGUGAGGAACUUUCUUUGUCCUGUGAAGAGUUGCCUGAUCAAGUGGAUGACCUCAUAAAGUGGCUAAGCACAGCGUGUUGGAGUGGAGAUGUUCUCUCUUUGAAGGACUCUGUGCUUACUCUUGAGAGUUCUGAGAGUUGCGGGUCAUCUGAAGCACCGGCAAUCAUUAACCCAACGUCUGUAUGCUUCAAACAAGAUUACUGCACUCUCACUGACACGCCCCAAGGUCCUGUCCCCACCUUCACCAAAGAUGCAGAGCUGGAUGGCAAUACCUCCACUGAAUAAAUGCAGCAGUGGAGGAUAUUUUACAAACAAGCAGCAUAUUUGAAAGGCAAAUAUUAGUAGAUAAUACAAAUUUUUUUUUUUUAACUGAAUGACAACAAAAAUACCAAUCCAUUUUUUUUUUUUUUUUUUUUUACAAAUGGUUAAAUUAGCAUUUUAAAAAACAUACAUUAAGGCACUUCCUUUAAAAAAACAAAAAACAACAACAACUGUACUGCUGGUUUACCUGUGAAACUCUGUAUUA